AUGGCUACAAACCCAGAAUUGCAAGCUGCGCUCCGAGAGCUAGACCACGAGUUUGAAGAAGGUGACAUUACGCGAAAGGGUUAUGAAAAGAGGAGAACCAUCCUCUUUUCGCAGUUUCUUGCACCGCCAGAACCCCCAACUGCACAACAGCGUGGAGGGCUGCGCAUCCAUUCUCCAGACGACAGCGAUCAUCCUGCGGCGAAGGGAAGCACAAGUGCGGUUUCCAAGCCGUUGAGCCUGGUGAAAGGCGAAGGCCAAUAUCGCGAUGGGUCAAUACACAGCAGGAAUUCAAGUGUCGACUAUCCUCCAAAUAAUGUAAAAAGAUCACAGUCAAGAGACCUUAGCGGACUGCAACCUCCUCAAAGGCAGAGCUCUUAUGGGUCCUACGACUCACUCUUCCUGCCGAAACCAAACCAGUUGGCAGUAGAGACAAGUCCAGAUGCUUCGAGAUCGCAAACUCUCGUGAGCCAGAACUAUGCAUUCAAUCCAGAACAGCAGAACGAACACGGGACGAUGAGCGGUGGUUUAAACACGAGAAACUCCACCAUGCUGGACUCGCAGCAGCAAUACUUCUCUGACUUCACAGGUCAGCAGCUCGAUGAUAGGCAAGAGAGCUAUGGAGCUGGACAACGAUACUCCCAGACGGAACCAUUUUCGCCCUCUGCCCAAAUGGCACCCCCUUUGCUUGGUAUUGGAGAUCUACCAACAGGAGGCAGUGCAAUGCAUCAAUUACCACUGGAGCCAAGAGACAUACCGUUCAAUGUUUGUGACCCACACGACCACAAUAUUGAGAUGUCUAAAUUUGACAACAUUGCUAUGGUGCUCAGACACCGAGCAAAGACAAACAGCAAACAGCCUGCUUACUGGGUAUUGGAUCAGAAGGGAAGGGAGUUGGUUUCGAUUACCUGGGAGAAAUUGGGGAGUCGUGCUGAGAAGGUAGCUCAGGUUAUUAGAGACAAGAGCAGUCUAUACCGAGGAGAUCGCGUCGCGCUGAUAUACCGCGAUACUGAAGUCAUUGAAUUUGCUGUCGCUUUGUUGGGCUGCUUUAUUGCUGGUGUAGUAGCAGUUCCUAUCAAUGAUCUGAAGGACUAUCGGAGGUUGAACAUUGUUUUGACAUCCGCACAAGCCCAUCUAGCACUGACAACGGAAGCCAACUUGAAGAAUUUUCAGCGAGACAUUACGGCUGCCAAACUCAACUGGCCUCGUGGGGUUGAGUGGUGGAAGACCAAUGAAUUUGGAAGCUAUCAUCCCAAGAAGAAAGGAGAAGAGCCUCCCCUGGUCGUACCAGACCUAGCUUAUAUCGAAUUCUCGACGGCUCCCACAGGUGAUAUCAGAGGUGUUGUGAUGAGUCAUCGAACGAUCAUGCAUCAAAUGUCUUGCUUGAGCGCGAUCAUCUCCACGGCUCCAUUGGGCAAGGGGGACACUUUCAAUCCAGCACUACGAGACAAGCAAGGAAAAUCGAUGUCUAGUGGCAACAGAUGCGAAACUAUCCUCAGCUACCUAGAUCCCCGCGAAGGCAUUGGCAUGAUACUCGGAAUACUCCUUGAUGUAUAUGGUGGGCACACCACGAUUUGGUUCGAGGCACCUGCGGUUGAAACACCUGGCUUAUAUGCCAGUCUCAUCACUAAGUACAGAGCUACUCUUUUGGUAGCCGACUAUCCUCGUCUCAAACGGGCUGUCUACAAUUAUCAGUCAGAUCCAAUGGCAACUCGCAAUUACAAGAAGGGCAUUGAGCCGAAUUUCUCGAGUGUACGUCUUUGUCUGAUCGAUACAUUGACAGCAGACUCCGAUUUCCAUGAGUUGUUAGCCGAUAGAUGGCUUCGUCCUUUACGCAAUCCACGGGCAAGAGAGGUGGUCGCUCCGAUGCUGUGCCUGCCAGAACACGGUGGCAUGGUGAUCAGUUUGAGGGAUUGGCUGGGAGGGGAAGAGCGCAUGGGAUGUUCUCUCAUCCAUGAAUUGGACAAAGGAGCGUCUCCUGUGGCCAAGGAUCACGAGGACACGUCCAAGUCGAAAACGGGUUUUGGAAGCAGCUUGAUUGGUGGGAAGACAGCACAGCCUUCUAAGCGAGAGACUCUACCAGAUCUUGACGAAGUUCUGCUUGAUAAAGAGGCACUGAAAACAAAUGAGGUCAUCGUGGUUGCCAUGGGCGCAGAAGCAAGGGAGAAAAACAGCAAUUACCCAAAUACCAUUAGAUGUGGUGCGUUUGGCUAUCCCCUUCCUGACGCAACUCUUGCCAUCGUGGACCCGGAGACGAGCUUGUUGUGUAGCCCAAAUACAAUUGGCGAGAUCUGGGUUGACUCACCAUCGUUGUCCGGCGGCUUCUGGGCUCUACCUAAGCACACAGAAAACAUCUUCCAUGCACGGCCCUAUCAGUUCAAGGAAGGAAACCCCACACCAGUAUCGAUAGAGCCCGAAUUCCUAAGGACAGGCCUUCUAGGUACCAUCAUCGAAGGAAAGAUUUUCGUGCUCGGCUUGUACGAGGACCGGCUUCGGCAACGAGUCGAAUGGGUCGAACAUGGUCUGGAGAUUCAAGAGCACCGUUAUUUCUUCGUGCAACAUCUAAUCCUGAGCAUCAUGAAGAACGUCCCUAAGAUUCAUGACUGCUCGGCCUUCGACGUGUUCGUCAACGAAGAACAUCUUCCGAUUGUGCUCAUCGAAUCAUAUGCAGCCUCGACUGCGCCAUUGACUUCCGGAGGCCCGCCGCGGCAGCUUGAUAUUGCCCUUUUAGAUUCGUUGUCUGAACGCUGCAUGGAAGUGUUGCUGGAAGAGCAUCACUUGAGAGUCUACUGUGUAAUGAUCACUGCGCCGAAUACACUUCCGCGUGUUACCAAGAAUGGUCGAGAUGAAAUUGGCAACAUGAGGUGUCGGAAGGAGUUCGACAAUGGAUCUCUGCCCUGCGUUCAUGUCAAAUUCGGCGUGGAGAGAGCUGUGCUGAACUUGCCAGUGGGCGAGGAUCCAUCAGGAGGCAUUUGGUCACCACUCUCUACCGCCGCUCGACAAGAGCUCCUUAUGAUGCAGGAAAAACAAUAUUCAGGUAUAGACCCUCGAGAAGUCGUGAUUGACGAUCGGACUUCAACGCCGUUAAACAACUUCACUAGCAUCGUUGAUCUGAUGCAGUGGAGGGUUGCUCGGCAGGCGGACGAGCUCGCAUACUGUACAGUAGAUGGUCGAGGCAGAGAAGGCAAGGGCCUGACGUGGAAGAAGUUCGAUCAGCGAGUAGCAAGUGUUGCCAUGUACCUCAAGAAUAAAGUCAAAAUACGCCCUGGCGACCAUGUCAUACUCAUGUAUACUCAUUCCGAGGAAUUUGUCUUUGCUGUCUAUGCUUGUCUUUGUCUGGGUGCAGUGGCUAUCCCAAUCGCACCUCUGGACCAAAAUCGUUUGGCCGAAGAUGCGCCUGCUUUCUUGCAUACUGUCGCAGACAUGACGGUGCGCUGCGUGAUUGUCAAUGCUGAUGUUGACAGUUUGUUGAAGCAAAAGCUCGUCUCCCAACAUUUAAAGCAGUCUGCCAACGUCCUCAAGCUCAAUGUGCCUGCCGUAUACAGUACCGCAAAACCGCCGAAGCAGUCACAUGGUUGCAGAGAUCUUGGCUUGAAGAUGAGCCCUGCAUGGAUUGCCCCUAAUAGUACGGCGAUCGUCUGGACGUACUGGACUCCCGAUCAGCGGAGAAUAUCCAUCCAGCUUGGACAUGACACCAUACUGGGCAUGUGCAAGGUGCAGAAAGAGACUUGCCAGAUGAGCAGCUCAAGACCCGUUUUGGGUUGCGUUAGGAGUACGAUGGGUCUUGGUUUCCUUCACACCUGCUUGAUGGGUGUGUAUAUAGGAGCUCCAACCUACUUGAUCUCGCCUGUGGACUUUGCGCAGAAUCCUCAGAGUCUAUUCUUGACGUUGGCAAGAUACAAAAUCAAGGAUACUUAUGCAACAAGUCAGAUGCUUGAUUUUGCCAUGAGUAAUAUGCCAGGGAAAGGCUUUUCGCUUCACGAAUUGCGGAACAUGAUGAUCUCGGCCGAUUCGAGGCCUCAAGCGGACGUCUAUAAGAGAGUUCGCCUCCACUUUGCUCAAGCUGGUCUUGAGCGCACUGCGAUUAACACCAUCUAUUCCCAUGUUCUCAACCCUAUGAUUGCUUCGAGAAGUUAUAUGUCGCUCGAACCAAUCGAGCUUUGGCUUGACACUCGUGCACUUCGGCGUGGUCUCGUCUACCCAGUUGAUCAAGAGAGCGAUCCCACUGCACUCCUAGUUCAAGAUUCGGGAAUGGUUCCUGUCAGCACACAGAUUGCUAUUGUCAACCCUGAGACAUGCCACCUAUGCCACGUAGGAGAGUAUGGCGAGAUCUGGGUCCAAAGCGAAGCAUGCGCAAAAUCAUUCUAUAUGUCGAAGCAAGAUUUCGAUCUCGAGAGGUUUAACGGCCGGAUUAUGGGUGGUGAUCCCAUGGCCACGUUUGUACGAACAGGUGACCUAGGUUUUUUGCACAACGUUACCAGACCGAUAGGUGCAGGAGGCCAACCCGUUGAAAUGCAAGUGCUUUUCAACCUUGGCAGCAUCGGUGAGACGUUCGAAGUCAAUGGGUUGAAUCACUUUCCUAUGGACAUUGAAAACAGCGUCGAGAAGUGUCAUCGGAACAUCUCCCCAGGCGGCAGCGCAGUUUUCCAAGCUGGCGGGUUAGUCGUUGUUCUCAUUGAAGUCUUUCGAAAGGCAUAUCUAGCAUCUAUCGUGCCCGUCAUCGUCAACACUAUUCUUAAUGAGCACCAGCUGGUGGUUGACAUGGUCACCUUCGUGUCAAACGGUGAUUUCCCACGAAGCCGGCUUGGAGAGAAGCAGCGAGGAAAAAUACUUGUAUCAUGGGUAAUGCGGAAAUUACGUACCAUUGCUCAGUUUGGUAUUCGUGAUGCCGAUAGCGCAGAAAACCAGAUCAUGGAGGUUCCAGAACCACAGGCGCGGGCGAACAAUGCAAGCGUGCUAUCAAGGAGCAUCCACACGCGGGGUGACAUGGCUCGAAGCUCCAUUGUGUCGGAGUCGCCUGCUCACAUGAUUGCUCCGCAGGAGACAAGUCCCGCGUUCAGAGAAGGCCAUGCCAUGUCCCCUGAUCGAACCUCGCAUCCUCCAAAUUCCGCUCAACCAACACGAUAUCCUGGUGAUGGAGCUCAAGAAGUAUCUACCCCGGAGACAUCCAACCCACCAAUGGUAGCACUCAACGACCAACCCUAUCCUAUUUCCGAAGGGACACCCGACCUAGCUCAGCAGCCCUACAAUACUUAUGUUGAUAAUGAAGCUGAUGAUAUGAAUGACGACAGCAAAUACUACGAUCCUAAUGCUGAUCCAUUCUCCGCGUAUGAUGAUAUCACACCUCAACCAUCGACAUCCAACAUGAAGUAUCCUGCCCAAACCCAUGCAACCCCUUUGUCAAUCACCAAUCCCAGCGAGCCUGCAACAUAUCCUCAAGAGCAAACUCCAACUACUGUCACUGCCUCAGAUAAUCUCCAAAGUUCAUAUUUCGCAGGCACGACACCAGGUGCAUCAGCUACUACCAUGUCAUCAGCCUCCCACUCUUCCUGGACAGGUGACUCUCCAUAUCGGGAUGCAGGAAAUCCAUACAUCGAGUACUAUGAUGGAAAGCACAACCUUGAUUCACAAAGCGUACCUGUCCCACUACCCAGCCUCGGCUAUGACAGCACACCCAGAUCUCCACGUACUAUGAUCUCACCACCACCCCCUCUAGCCGCGAAAUCUCACACGCCACCACUCCCUCUUCAACCGGCAGGCCGUGGCCGAGCUACUCUCCCCUCGCAACAGGCAAGAUAUAGCUCAUAUGGUUCGACGCCUGGAUCUGCGGGGCUGCGUAUAAUUAACCAAGACUCUCCGUCCUCUCCAACAUACAGUACUACCGAGAUCUACGACAGCUACGCAGAAGCGGAGCCAUCGCUCUCCCAGGAGACACCGCCCUACCCGUCUCGCACGUCAUUGCAGGAGGAUCUGGGCGAGGCGAACCUGAACCCGCCCGAGGGAGGGAGGGCGGAAAGCCGGUCGAGUGAUGCAGGUAGUGUGGCGGGAAGUGUAAGGAGAAGAUAUGAUGGAAGUGGAUAUGAUGGGUGGUAG